GAUUCUCGUUGAGAAAUGAAUGUAAAUGAGCUAUCUUCAGUUGGAGCAAAGUCGAAGUCAAAUUCGUUUACUUUACAGCACUGUUUGGAUCUCAUUUUAUUCCCAAGCCCCCUUAGUUCUUCUCUCAGUGUUUGAUUCAUAUUUCUGGUUGGCGAAGGGGGUGAAGCAGUCUAAAGGGUGAAAAAAUUUAUUCUAGGUGUGAAUUUUCAGUAACUCAUUAUCUUACCAAUAGUGGAUUGACUGAGGGUCUUCUAACAAUUUGUCGUUGGGAUGAGUCGAAUUUAAAUUCGGUUGUCCGGACUAAUCGGGUCGAUUCAUUAAAUUUUGGAGUGUUGUUAGCAUCAAACAAUGGCGAGAGAACUCCGGGUUUAGCUGGUUGAUAAUUUGCAUUGCUAUAGAACGAAUGAUCUAUCCAGCUACUUCGUUCGGCAAUGUUGUUUCGCAAGAGCCCAAAGUCUGUAGGUUUAUUAUGUUGGACACUUUGCUGCAAUUCGUAAAGGUUUCGAUCCAGUGGUACAUUGUCACUAUCACAAAUGGCCGCAUUGAACUUCUCCACUGCCGUUGCUACUGCUUCAAUAAAUUCUUCAGCAUUUUCUUUCCUGCUUAGCAGCGAUCGUUGCGCCAACUCAUCCGGAUCGGACAUGAUGGGAGAGCAAAAUUCAAUUGGAUCCCCAUCGAACGGAGUGGAAGUGGCUGGUGGAAUGAACUUCGACCCCACACUAACUAUCGUUCGGUCACAAACGCUGGCCGUUUCAAACGGCAGCUUCAGCGCUUCUCUUCCCGAGAAGAAAUCUUGCGACAAAUUCAAAAAUUCCUCCUCUUUUCGCUUUUGCUUGUUUUGUUGAUCGAGCAAAUUUUGCUCGAUCUUUGCCCGCUUCCUUACCUCAAUCCAUCGGGUGAGACUAUGGACGGGAGCCCCCGGGCUUGUUUCAGUCCUUACAAAUUGAUUUGUAUUCUCGUGGCGUUUGAAUCGAGCGAAGCACGCAUCCCGGAGACCACCGGCAUCUCUCCGGGAAUCCGGCUUGGGGUGUGGCUUCGCGAGAAAAUCACUCACGGUUUUUGAGUGGUUGCUGAUUCCCUGAGUCUUGUGGAAGUUGUGAAGAACCUGUUGCAGGAAAAGACUAUUGUUGCCAUCUUUCUCAAUGGGGAAGCACUGUAACGGUCGCUGGAUCGGCUUUGGUAGCACCUUCGGAAUGGUUGUAUGUUUAGGCUGGUUCUGAUCCAGGAAGUUUUGAAACAACUGUCUCACGUAAGAACACUGGUUCACCUUACGUUUGGCCGUAGAUCUUCGUGGGGCCAUGUCAUCAUUUUUCCCCAAGUUUAGGAUUCAAAUUGACAGUUGAUGCGGGCCCCGUCCUAGGGAGCCAUGCUUUUGAUGCCAACAUUUCGAGAGAUGUAUGUGGGUAGCAAGGAUGGAAAACAAGGGAGCAUGAUGAGAUUUACGAUUAAUCGCAAACUGCAUAGAACAGAGAAGUCGAAAUAAAUCAAGCUCUUAACAUUGAAAAUUAAUUUCAUUCUUUGGAAGAACUUAACAAUUUUGGCGACGAGGAGAAGUUCUUGCCAUUUUCCGGAAGCAACGUCAAGCUUGUUCCUGUUCCUAUUCAAGUUCAAAUUCCGUUCCGCUUCUGAAGCCCUCAAACCGUCACGAAUUCAAGAAUGGCCGACGCAGAUUCGAAGCAAGCGAUUCUCCGGCUGACUGAUCUCAUCGCAAACCAGCAGCAGCAGAUUGCAGCUCUCCAGCAGGGUAACGCCAAUCAAGUUGGAAGCGAGAAGAUCAUCGAGUCACUCUCAACGGGAAUCGACGAGUUUCAGUACGAUCCAGACGGCGGCAUCUUCUUCGAUUCGUGGUAUGUUCGAUACGAGGACGUGUUCAAGGAGGACGGAAAGCAUUUGGAUGACAAAGCAAAGGUCAGGCUACUUCUGCGGAAAAUCGGCACGCAAUUCCACGAACGCUACGUGAACAGUGUUUUGCCGAGUCAUCCGCGGGAUUUUUCAUUCGAAGACACCGUCAAGAAGCUGAAGAAACUUUUUGGACGCCAAAAGUCACUCUUCAACGCGCGCUACCAGUGUCUUCAAUACGUGAAAAAUGAAGUCGACGAUUUUUCAUCUUACGCAGCAUCGGUGAACAAGCACUGCGAAGCGUUCCAGAUCGAAAAGCUAUCCAGCGACCAAUUCAAGACGCUCAGGUUCGUAUGCGGUCUCCAGUCACCACGCGAUUCGGAUAUCCGGACCAGGCUGAUCGGGAAGUUGGAAGCUGAAGAAAACGCGCCGCCCGCCGACGGUGCCAACCUCAAGCUUGAAAACCUGGUUGAGGAGUGCAACCGCAUCAUCAACCUUAAGCAAGACACGCAAAUGAUCGAGAAAGGUUGUACGGACAAGUCUAAAGUCAACGCAAUCUCUCGUCAUCGUACUUCAAACGGAAAGGAGAAGAAGUCACCAAAAACACCUUGCUGGUUCUGUGGGGAUCUUCAUUAUGUCAAGGAGUGCCCCUACCAGACACACACAUGUUCAAAGUGUAAACGGAAGGGCCACAAGGAAGGGUACUGCUCCUCAUCCGAGAAGAAGCCGACAAAGCAGAUUGACAAACCCAAACCUAAGGACAUCGUCAAGUCUAAAGGUAUUGCGGUUAAGCGAGUCAAUCUGAAAGCAAAGCGGAAGUUCGUGAAAAUCGACAUCAACGGUGUACCAGCAAAGUUGCAGCUCGAUUGUGCAUCUGACAUCACCAUCAUCUCCAAACGAACUUGGACAUCGGUGGGUAAGCCUGUCAUCGAGACAACUGAUGUCGCUGCUGUGAGCGCCUCGGGUGACGGCAUCGACAUCGUAGGUGAAUUCAACGCUGAAAUCACCAUCCAAGACGUGACGAAAGUGGGUCGCAUUUUCGUUACAAACAAUCCGGAUCUCAACGUUCUGGGAAUUGAAACGAUCGAUCAGUUCGAUCUCUGGUCGGUUCCGUUCAGUUCAUUAGUCAACUCAAUCCAACAAAACUCAAUAGCAACAAUGCAGAAGCUGCAAGCGAAGUUCCCUGAAGUGUUCCAACCAACCCUCGGAUGCUGCACCAAAGCUAAGGUAACGCUCUACCCGAAGCCAGAUGCACGACCUGUGUACUGCCCCAAGCGACCGGUUGCCUACGCUGCCCUUCCGAAGGUUGAUGCUGAGCUGCAGAGACUUCAAGACAACGGCAUCAUCUCGCCAGUCCAGUUUUCUGAUUGGGCUGCACCUAUCGUCGUGGUUCGUAAAUCUGAUGUCUCCGUUCGCAUUUGUGGUGACUAUUCCACAGGUCUCAACAAUGCACUAGAAUCAGAUCGCCAUCCACUGCCUCAUCCGGACGAUAUCUUCGGUGAACUCGCCGGUUGCCGUUUCUUCUCCUGUAUCGAUCUUUCGGAUGCCUAUCUCCAGGUCGAAGUUGAAGAAGCUUCUCGGAAACUGCUAACGAUAAACACACACAAAGGUCUGUUCCUGUACAACCGAUUGCCACCCGGAGUCAAAUCCGCACCAGGUGCAUUCCAGAGGAUCAUCGACAGUAUGCUAGCCGGAAUUCCUGGAGUGAAACCGUACCUGGAUGACAUUCUAAUUGCUGGAAAGACCCAAGAAGAGCACGAUCGUAGUUUGAAUGAUGUGCUCCAACGUAUUCGUGAGUAUGGAUUCCAUCUGCGCAUCGAGAAGUGCCGUUUUUCACUUCCGCAGAUCAAGUUUUUGGGUCACAUCGUCGACAAGGAUGGUCUCCGCCCGGAUCCAACCAAAACAAGAGCAAUCUCUGAGAUGUCAGCACCAACGAAUUUGUCGCAACUGCGUUCAUACCUGGGUGCGAUUAACUAUUAUGGACGGUUCGUUGGACAGAUGAAGGAACUCCGAGCGCCGCUGGACUGUCUACUGAAGAAAGACGCUGCUUGGAAGUGGACUGCCGAUUGUCAAAAGUCGUUCGAUCGGUUCAAAUCCAUUCUGGUCUCCAAUCUCUUGCUGACACACUUUGAUCCUAACAAGGAAAUUAUCGUGGCUGGAGACGCUUCCAAGAAUGGGCUGGGCGCCGUCAUCCUACACCUUUUCUCCGACGGGUCUGUCAAGGCUAUCGCUCAUGCUUCAAGGUCACUCACUCCUGCGGAAGAAAAUUAUGGUCAAAUUGAAAAGGAAGCGCUCGCGUUGGUGUUUGCAGUAACACGCUUCCACAAAAUGAUUUUCGGUCACAAAUUCGUGCUGCAAACUGACCACAAGCCACUCCUCAAGAUUUUUGGCAGCAAAAAAGGAAUCCCCGUCUACACAGCCAAUCGACUUCAGCGUUGGGCACUAACGAUGUUGCUUUACGACUUUGAUAUCCAGUUCAUCCCAACAGCAAGUUUCGGACACGCUGACUUGUUAUCACGUCUAAUGAGCAGCCACAACAAGCCUGACGAGGAGUACGUGAUCGCUGCUCUCCAAACGGAAACCGACGUAAAGUCAAUUCUCGAAGAUUCCAUCUCCAACUUACCUGUCACGUCAGAAAUGAUCGCCAAGGCAACUCAAGACGACCCAGUGCUUCAAGAGGUUAUCACCUUCAUCAGCAAUGGCUGGCCUAACAGAGCAAGCGAUAUCCGCACUCCAGCUGUUCAUCCGUUUUUCUCAAGACGCGAGGGUCUUCAAGUUAGCCAGGACUGCGUCAUGUUCUGCGAUCGAGUCGUGGUCCCUGAACGGUUCCGCAAACGCAUCAUCCGACAACUCCACCGUGGACACCCUGGAAUCGAUAGGAUGAAGUCACUCGCCAGAAGCUUUGUAUACUGGCCCAACAUCGACGAUGACGUUGAAUCGUUCGUGCGUCAAUGUUGUUCCUGUGCCACUGCUGCGAAAUCACCUCGUAAAACUACUCUUGCGUCCUGGCCGAUACCAACAAAACCGUGGGACAGAGUUCAUAUCGACUACGCUGGUCCAGUUGAUGGUUACUACUACCUUGUGGUAGUUGACGCCUAUUCGAAGUGGCCAGAAAUCUUUAGAACGCGAACCACAACAACCACGGUGACGCUGGAGAUUCUACAAGAAACAAUCGCAAGAUAUGGCAACCCGCAUAGUCUUGUGUCCGAUAACGGUACCCAGUUCGUUAGUAGCCGUUUCAAGCAAUUCUGCAAAGAAAAUGGUAUCCAGCACCUGACGACAGCCCCGUACCAUCCCCAAUCCAAUGGACAAGCCGAACGUUUCGUUGAUACUCUCAAAAGAGGACUGAAGAAACUUGUCGAAGGGGAGAAGGCAGUAAUGUUCCAGGAUCUGCAGACGUUUCUAUCGGUUUACCGGUCAACACCAAACAGAAGCAUAGAUGGUAAGACGCCAGCUGAUCUAUUUCUAGGUCGACCGCUACGAACGACACUGGAUCUGCUGAAGCCGUGUCCUCCAAGUCCAACGCUGGUCAACGAAAAGCAAAAUUCCCAGUUCAACAGACGACACGGUGCGAUGAAACGAACCUUUGAUGCUGAAGAAAUGGUCUUUGCCCAGGUUCAUUAUCGUAACACAACAAAGUGGGUUCCAGGUCAAAUCAUCGAGCGCAAGGGUAACGUAAACUACACCGUGUUGCUCGAGAACGGACGACUCAUUCGAGCACACACAAACCAACUUCGACAACGAUAUGGAAGCAAUGCCGAUGCUGAUUCUACACCUGAAAAUCAACUUCCUUUGGCACUACUGAUCGAUGAAUUCAAUCUUCAAGAUAUGAAACCUCCGGGUCCAGUAGUUCCUCCAAAAGAAGAUGAGCAACCGAUUCCUGAUGAUGAGCCGAUGCCUGUCGAUGGUGAACAAGAAGUUGUUGAAGACGACGUUAACGACGAUGAAUCUGAUGUUCCUAUUGAAGACUCUCCACAACCCAUCAGGCCAGAAGGAAGACUUCGUAGGCUCCCAGCAUGGCUUGCACCGUACGAUAUUUUCUAAAAAAGGAAGAUGUACCAUUGGCAUACGCAAAAUCAUACCGUUAGGUAGGCCAUGAUUUGUAGCCAUGGUACGACAGUAACAAAAUGAAAAAAGUGAUAGUUUAGUUCCA